GCCUUUCCAAUUGAAAAAAUAAAACAACUACUAAAGAGGCUUAAAAAAAAAACAAAUAUUUUUAUUCUUUGAUGCAAAAUAGUGUAGAUUAUUGCCGUGUUUUUAAUGCUUAUAUUAACAAUGAUUGUGGUAUAGAAAAUAUUAUUUUUAAAUAUGUAAUGCCACUAAAUACCAAAACGACUUAUUUAACUACUUAUAUAUGUACUGAUUUGAUCAGUCGACUAUUGUACAGUAUGAACACACGCAAGUUUUAAUUUUACAGCAUUUAAAGCUCGCUGACUUUAAAUGUAGAUAAAAUAUGUAAAAUAUAUCACGAAGCGAAUGCAAAACUUAAAUAUUGAUUAAGUUGUACUAUGCCAAUGACAGCAACAGCUGUUUUGUUCCAAUCGUUACAGUAAAUCAAUAAAUCAUAGUUAAAACUCAAAUCUAUCUCGCAGAUUGAGUGUUGUGUUCACAGAUAAUAUUCUAUGAGUCAUAAGGUAUAAAAUUUGAAAACAAUUCUCAAGCUGUAUUGUCAUUAUUUGAUUGAUAAUAGAAGAAAGUUUUAUGAACUUGCAGCAGUAUUAUAACAAUAAAUAAAGAAAACUGACCAGUAUUAUUAACUUAGGAUCAAUAUUAUCUAAAGUUAAAUAGAUGUGAAAAAAGUAAGAAUAUUGUUUAUUAGAUAAACCUGUAAUGUUGAGCCUAAUACAAGUAAAUGUCCAUUGGUAUUGUAUUGUUCUUGUAUACUUAGACUCAAGAAUGGAAAUGGAAGGUGAUUAAUUAGAUUAUAUAAAAAAAUGUCUCUAAAUACAGAACAAAAUAUAGAUUUUGGCAUCACAGUGAAUGGUGAUUUAAAUUUUUUUGGAGGAAGUGAUCAAAAUGAUGAUGAUACUAGUGCCAAAAUAGGUAAUUCUUCAGUACCAAUUACUUGCAACAUACCAAUGGAGAACUUGUACUCAAGUUCACUGAGUUUUGGCAAUGUCACAAUAAAAGAAUCCAACAAUACCCAUUUUGGAAACAAUACUUAUUUUAAUGGCCCUGUUAUUAUUAAACAAAUAUCACAGAAUGGUAAUGGGACAGUAAAUCCUUCAUUUACUAGAACAGAAGAUAUAGUACCUCAAAAUUAUGAUCAGCCGAUAACACUAGAAUUAAAUUCUUGCAGAAAACUUCAAAUCCAGGUAUGGAACAAGUUGACAUUGUCGGUGUUGUGUAUAUUCAUUAUGCUACUGGGUGGGAUUUUUACAGUUUUUUCUGUAUAUCUAAGUAACAGUAGCAGCAGUAAACAUGAGAUGAAGUCUAGUGACUAUAAUGAUGAAACAGCAGCGAUUGAAUCUGCAUCUACUACAUCAACAAAUGUUCCUUUAUUAAUUGCACCAGGACACUUACGCAUUGUUUCACGAUCGGACUGGCUCGCCCAACCCGUUGAAAGUAAAUAUUUGGCCAAAUUGAGUCAUCCAGUACCAUGGGUUAUAAUAUCUCACACUGCAACAGAAAGCUGUAGUAAUCAGAGCCAAUGUGUUCUUCGUGUCCGAUUGAUACAAACAUUUCAUAUAGAAUCGAGAAAAUGGCACGACAUCGGCUAUAACUUUUUAGUUGGCGGUGACGGAUCGGCAUAUUGCGGACGCGGUUGGGAUUCUGUUGGAGCGCAUACGCUGGGCUAUAAUAACUUCGCAAUUGGAAUUUCGUUCAUUGGUACAUUUAACAACAACGACCCACCUAAGGAACAAUUGGAAGCUUGCCGGAAACUCAUAAAGAGGGGAGUUGAUUUAGGCAAAAUCGCGAAAGAUUACAAAUUGUUUGGUCAUCGCCAAUUAUCGUCGACGCUUAGUCCGGGUGAUAAAUUGUUUGAAAUUAUAGUAGAAUGGCCCCAUUUCGCGAGCGAUUUUACGAAUUUGACAGAUCUGAUUCCGAAUUACUCUUAGAUGAAUAGAUUUAAUCUGUUAUGAAAUAAAGUAGAAUUGACAACUCGGCGUUAACCAUCGGUGAUUUCUUAUACAAUGAUUUUUUUUACAGUAUAAAACUCUAGGAUAAAAGAUGUUUCUUAUGUGACACAUAAAAAAAGAAAACGUUUGGUUUUUAUUUUAGUAAAUUAAAAUAGAUCUUAGGAUCAUUUAGGACAAUUUUCAUAUUAAAUCUGCAUUUGCUGUGUUCGAUUGCAAAUCAAUGACACGUACAAAUAGCGCAUUGACUAAUCGCUUAGUAGAAAAUAUCUCUUUGUAUAGUUUUCAAUUAAUGAAAAUUAAGUUAAUAUUGUUAUGUUUUAUCGUUUAUGAGCUUUACUGUAUAAAGUUAGAAUGUACCUGAAAAAUAACGCACAGGAUUAUGAAGUACCUAUGUAGUUAUGUAGGUAUUUUUCUCCAUAAUCCAUAAUAUACAGGUUGUAUUAUUGGCCCUAACAUUAUUAUUUGAUUUUAUAAAUCGGUUUAUCCAGAAAACUGCCUGUUGAAUUUGAAUAGUAAAUGCAUCAUAAUUGAUUAUACAAACUUUUUACUUGGCAGCAAGCCCAUUUCCGGACAUAACAAACAUAUUCGUCUUUCGAACUACGGUAUUCUGAACGAAAAAUUCCACACAGAGCGUUGAGUUUUUUUUAAGUAUAUUGUUUUUUUUCAUUGCCCUUGUAGGCAGACGGGUAUACGGCCCACCUGAUGGUGAGUGGUUACAGUCGCCCAUGGACGUCAGCAAUACCAGGGGCUGAGCUAAGGCGUUGCUGCUGUUUAGAGCAGAUAUUUUUUCGAGCCCCAUGCUGCAGUAAAAUUCGCAGAUAACGUUUUUACAGUUUGCUCCUUACAAUAAGGUCGAAUAUAUAGAUACAGUUUAAUUAUUGGACUAGUUUGUGCAUACAAUGGAUGGAUUUGUAAGUGACGAAAUUGUUAACAUGCAGCUAUAAGAAAAAAUAGUAACUAAAAAAAUUGUAAAGUAAUAUUAAGAAUUUACUGUACUUACAUAUGUACCUAAAUCAAUAGUUUUUAUAAAUUAAACACUAAAUGUGUGAAUGCGUACUAACUUUAAAAAAUUAUGUUGGCCGUGCCAGACUUGUUAGCGUUUACGGGCGAGCCUCUAUUGUAUCGUUAGUCAGAUAAUCUUUCACGUUUACAAAGAAAAAGGAGAUUUUUUAUUAUUAUUUAAAACAAAUUAAUUUCCAUUGGAACAUAUUAAACUUCAAUGUUUUAUAAAAAACAUUUCCUCUUGAGAGAGAUCUUCUUAUUAAAACCUGCUUUUACUGAUUUCGUUAGUGAGAUGAUAGAGUUUUUGUUCCAUCAAGUUGACGGCAGGUAACCCAAAUAAAAAACUUAUAGUUUUAAGUAAAUCUUUGUAGUUAUUAUUCUAUGUACCAUUAGUAGUAUUAUAAUGUACUUAAAUACUAUUUUUAAAAUAUGAAAUAAGAAAAAAAAAUAGAUUUCAAGUAUUUGCUUUUAAAUGUUAUACAUAAAAUGUAAAAUAUUUUGCUCAACUUAAAAAGUACUGUGAUAUUUAUUUAUAUUUGUAUUUCAUGUUAUAUGGUGGUAAUAAAGGAACUUCAAUCUAUAGACUGAAAUAUUGACACAUUAAUUUAAAAACGUAUCUUUAGUAAUCUAAGGGAACAAUUAAUUCGUAAUAUCAAAAUAUAGUUCUGAGUAUAUGUAUUAAACUGUGCUUCAAGUAUUGAAAAAAUGUUAUUAUAAAUUAAUGUAGUUACAAUAUCAUGACUCUAGGCAGCCAUUAUCGAGGAGUGUAAGGCUAUUUGGUUUAAGCGACAUUUCACUUAAUAUCUACGCGACAUUUAUCUUUACUAGUGGCCCCGCAGUAUUCGAGAUUCGACUAUAAUUAAUUGAAAUUAUAUAAUAAGUCUAAACAUUAUUAUGGUUCUAUUGUCAAACACUAUUAUAUUUCGAUAAUAAUAACCACAGUUUACGCCAAAACUGCACUAUAGAUCAAUAAUAUUAAAGACAAACAAUAUUAAUCUAUUUUCAAUUCGACAACAGACUUUAAACAAUAACAAAAAUUUCCCAAUUGACAGUAAAAAAAGAGUAUAUUUUUAUGUAUGUGUUGUGUCAAAUACAUGGUAGUGUGUGUAAUGUUUUCUUUAUUGAUUUAAAGUAUCUUUUAUGCAUUAUUUACAAAAAAAAUUAGCAUUGUGCACUCCUUCUCUAUAUUCUCUAUAAGUGUGAGAAAUUUCAUACUCCGUCCGCGCAAUUUUCGUAAAAAGGGGUACAAAGUUUUUGCUUCACGUAUUAAUAUAUAGAUAAUUAAUUUAAUUUAAGUGCGUUUUUAAUUGAACUUGAACUACGUUUGAGUAUUCAAAUAGCUUCAGAAGUUGUUUUGCUAUGAUAUUUUUUCCAAACUUUACACUUUAAAUGACUCUCCUGUAAAGUAAAAAUGUCACUUAAACCAAGCCUUUCGCCCUCAAUACUGUUACAAUAAUAUAAAUUUCAAAUUUGUGAAGUUCUAUAACAAAAUAUGUGUUGUUACGAUAUUAUAUAUAGCAUUUCAAUGUUUUUAUUUACAUGUAGAAAAUAUUUUUUGUAAUUUACGGAGAUAAAAAUGCUUCAGUGUUACCUUUUAAGUACCUGUUACAUUAACAAAAUACUAUGCUAUAAUAAAAUUAUAAUAAACAAGUAUCCAACAUAAAUUAUAUAAAUCCCUGUAAAUCAGGGAGACGAAAGUACCUACAAAGAUCGCUUUUCUGGGGAUUAGUUGUAGACAUAAAAAAGUCGAGGAAAUAAUGUUAUAUAUACAUGUAAUAUGUAAAAUCACAAGAAAAAUUCAUUCAUUGAUACAACACGAUUUAUAGUUAAAUUUUAAAUGAGUAAAAACAACGUAUUUUUAUUGAAUGUGAAAAUAUAUUAUGUGAUAUCUUGAAAAUUGUCGGAGGUUGUUUGUUACAUAAAUUUUACAGCUUU